AAACGUGGGUGUGUGAAAAUUCCUAUAAAAAGAACGAAAAAGCUAAAGUCAAAUAGCAAUAUUGAUACUGGACACAAAAUAGAGAGUGAAAAUGAACCAUGUUCAAGUUAUAGUAAUGCCAUCUUGUAUAGCCAUAAUAACUGUUCUAUUGGUGUGUCUAUGGAGAGUGCUGAAUUGGGUUUGGUUCAGACCAAAGAAAUGGGAGAAGUUAUUGACACAACAAGGUAUGAAGGGCAAUUCCUAUAGGAUAUUGUAUGGGGACACCAAAGAACUUUCUAUGAUGAUUAAGCAAGUUACUUCCAAGCCUAUGAGUCUUUCUGAUGAUAAUAAUAUAGCACCAAGAUUGAUGCCUUUCUUUGUUAAGACCAUCAAGAAAUAUGGGAAGAAAUCGUUUGUAUGGUUGGGUCCGAGACCACUGUUGUUCAUCAUGGACCCUGAGCUUAUAAAGGAAGUAUUCACCAAACACUAUAUUUAUCAAAAGCCACUUACAAAUCCAUUAAUCAAGUUACUGGCAGAUGGAAUAACAACCAAGGAGCAAGACAAAUGGGCAAAACAUCGAAAAAUCAUCAAGCCUGCCUUUCAGGUAGAGAAGAUCAAGAAUAUGCUUCCAGUGUUUUACUUGUGCUGUACUGAGAUGCUGAGCAAAUGGGAAGACAUUGUUUCAGUUGAAGGCUCACACGAGAUAGACGUAUGGCCUCAUCUUCAGCAAUUGACUAGUGAUGUGAUCUCUCGGACUGCUUUUGGCAGUAGCUAUGAGGAAGGUCGAAGAAUAUUUGAACUUCAAAAGGAACAGGCUCGACAUGUAACUGAAGCUAUAUUCUCAUUUUAUAUCCCAGGCUGGAGGUUUUUGCCGACAAAGAAAAACAGAAGAAUGAAGGAAAUUGAAGAGGAAGUUCAAGCCUCAGUUAGAGGUAUCAUUGAUAAAAGAUUGAAAGGAACGCAAAGAGGAGAGACAAAUAAUGACGAUCUACUUGGUAUAUUGCUAGAAUCUAAUUCAAAAGAAAUUGAACAGCAUGGACACAAAGAUUUUGGACUGAGCAUCAAAGAAGUCAUUGAAGAAUGCAAGUUAUUCUAUGUUGGUGGCCAAGAUACUACAUCAGUAUUGCUUGUAUGGACUCUGAUAUUAUUGAGCAGUCAUCAAGAUUGGCAGGCGCGAGCCAGAGAAGAGGUGUUGCAAGUCUUUGGGAGUCAGAAACCAGAUUUUGAUGUAUUGAAUCAUCUGAAAGUUGUGACAAUGAUCUUGUACGAGUCUUUAAGGUUAUACCCUCCAUUUAUGACAAUUACUCGACGGGCAAAUGAAGACACUGUAUUAGGAGAUCUAUCUCUACCAGCAGGUGUGCUACUCUCCUUACCUGCUGUCUUAUUGCAUCACGAUGAAGAGAUAUGGGGCGAAGAUGCAAAGAAGUUCAAGCCAGGGAGAUUCAAAGAUGGAGUCAAUAGUGCAACAAAGGGUCAAUUCACAUUUCUUCCAUUUGGCUAUGGUCCCAGAAUAUGCAUGGGACAAAAUUUCGCCAUGUUAGAAGCAAAGAUGGCUUUGUCUAUGAUCCUACAACGUUUCUCAUUUGAACUGUCUCCAUGUUAUGCACAUGCUCCGUAUUCCAUUAUAACUACACAACCCCAAUACGGUGCUCCACUUAUUUUGCACAAACUGUAGUUUGUACUUGUAAGAAGUGUCUUGUUAUAUAUAUUAAGAGUGUUCCCUAAAUGUUUAAUAAAGGUAGAACUAACAAAUGGAUCCCCCAUUUGUAGUGUAUGUUGUAGAUUGUUGUAAUUGGAAAAGCCUAUUGCUUAUUUGAGUUUUAA